AACUUGAACGGGAAGUGACGUAGAGGAGGAGCGAGGCCGAACUGGGUCGGGAAAGAGCUGAGCGUGCCCCGAGCGCGGCGAACGGCGACGGAAAGCGCCGAGCGCGGCCGGAAAGCGCCGAACGGUGGCGGAAAGGCACGAGGCGUGACGGAAAAUCCCGAGCAGUGACGGAAAGUAGCGAGUAAUAACGGAAAAACACGACGAUUGACGGAAAAGGACGAGUCGCGGCGGAAAGCCCCCGAAGCGCAGCGGAAAGCGCCGAGCGCGGCCCGAGCGCCACCGGAAGUGGCGGAGCGCGGCCGGAAGUGGCCGAGCGCAGACGAGCGCGGACGGAGCCGCCGCGGCCUGAGCGGGGCCGGGAGGGAACGGGAGGCACCGGGAGGGGCCGGGAGGCGCCGGGAGGGCUCCGGGAGCGCCGCGCCGAUCCCGCCGCCAUGUCCGACUUCGACGAGUUCGAGCGGCAGCUGAACGAGAACAAACAAGAGCGGGACAAGGAGAACCGGCACCGGAAGCGCUCCCACAGCCGCUCCCGCAGCCGGGACCGCAAACGCCGGAGCCGCUCCCGGGACCGGCGGAACCGAGACCAGCGCAGCGUGUCCAGGGAUCGCCGGCGGCGCCGGUCCCCCCUGAGCCUUUCGGGCCCCCUGAGCCGCUCCCCCCGGCACGAGAAGAAGAAGAAAAUUCGGAAAUAUUGGGAUGUGCCCCCCCCUGGCUUCGAGCACAUCACCCCCAUGCAGUACAAGGCCAUGCAGGCCGCGGGGCAGAUCCCGGCCACGGCGCUGCUGCCCACCAUGACCCCGGACGGGCUGGCCGUGACCCCCACGCCCGUGCCCGUGGUGGGCAGCCAGAUGACCCGGCAGGCACGGCGGCUCUACGUGGGCAACAUCCCCUUUGGGAUCACCGAGGAAGCGAUGAUGGAUUUUUUCAACGCCCAGAUGCGCCUGGGGGGGCUCACCCAGGCCCCUGGGAACCCCGUCCUGGCCGUGCAGAUCAACCAGGACAAGAACUUCGCCUUCCUCGAGUUCCGCUCGGUGGACGAGACCACGCAGGCCAUGGCGUUCGACGGGAUCAUCUUCCAGGGCCAGUCCCUGAAGAUCCGGCGGCCCCACGACUACCAGCCCCUGCCGGGCAUGUCCGAGAACCCCUCGGUCUACGUGCCAGGUGUGGUGUCCACGGUGGUCCCGGACUCCGCCCACAAACUUUUUAUUGGGGGCCUCCCCAAUUACCUGAACGAUGACCAGGUGAAGGAGCUGCUGACGUCCUUCGGGCCCCUCAAGGCCUUCAACCUGGUCAAGGACAGCGCCACGGGGCUGAGCAAGGGCUACGCCUUCUGCGAGUACGUGGACAUCAACGUCACCGACCAGGUAACGCGCACCUGGGCACGCCUGGGGGGGCCUAAACACGCCUGGGAGCACCUGGAACGCACGCCUGGGUACCCAAACACACACCUGGACACACCUGGGUACCCCAAACACACACCUGGGCACACCUGAAACACACCUGGGCACACCUGGGGACCCUAAACACACACCUGGGCACACCUGAAACACACCUGGGCACACCUGGGUACCCCAAACACACACCUGGGCACACCUGGGGACCCUAAACACACACCUGGGCACGCCUGGGGGGGCCUAAACACGCCUGGGAGCACCUGGAACGCACGCCUGGGUACCCCAAACACACACCUGGACACACCUGGGUACCCCAAACACACACCUGGACACACCUGGGUACCCCAAACACACACCUGGGCACACCUGAAACACACCUGGGCACACCUGGGGACCCUAAACACACACCUGGGCACACCUGGGUACCCCAAACACACACCUGGGCACACCUGGGGACCCUAAACACACACCUGGGCACACCUGGGUACCCCAAACACACACCUGGGCACACCUGGGUACCCCAAACACACACCUGGACACACCUGGGUACCCCAAACACACACCUGGGCACACCUGGGGGGGCCUAAACACGCCUGGGAGCACCUGGAACGCACGCCUGGGUACCCAAACACACACCUGGACACACCUGGGUACCCCAAACACACACCUGGGCACACCUGAAACACACCUGGGCACACCUGGGGACCCUAAACACACACCUGGGCACACCUGGGGGGGCCUAAACACGCCUGGGAGCACCUGGAACGCACACCUGGGGGGUCAUAAACACACACCUGGGCACACCUGAAACACACCUGGGUACA